AUGUCCUCCUCAACCAGUCGUUUCCCCCGCUCCUCCACUCCCCCCGAAAAAUCAUAUUUCGAACAGCAGCGCGAGAUUUUACUGGGGGAAAUAGCUAUUUCAUUCGAACACGUUCUCUCCAGUAUUAAUAAACUGAAUCGGUCUCUAGAGGGUGUAAUUGCUGUCGGCAACGAAUUCUCCUCCGUCGAAGCCCUCUGGUCGCAAUUCGAAAACGUCAUGGCCAAAGAUCCCUCCACCGAAUCCCCACCCGAAGAAGAUAUACAACAUCAACAACACAGCAGCAGUAAACGCGAAGAGCACGAGGGAGAGGAAACGAUUGUGGAUGACGAUACGCGGGUUUAA